AUCAAAACAAUAUGUUCUAUUGGUUUGGCUGCUCUUCUGUUGGAUUAUUUUUCUAGACCAAACUACUUGAAUGCAAAAUGCUCACAAAUGUAACACAACAAACCAACGAUGGGCAGUGAAAAAGUACCACCAAAGCCCACCGCCAUCAAGAAGGGCAUAAAAGAUGGCCCGAUCCGGUGUAUACUGUUGAGCGAGUUUCAUGCUGUAGCCGGGUCGAAGAUCUGUUGCCAGGUACCGGACAACUUCAUCUCGAAAGAUGUCUUCGAUUCCAUUCGUACCUUCAUCAUCCCGAAGCCGCAGCUGCAGCGAUGCAUCCUGACAGUCAACACACUGGGCCACAAGGUGAUCGGCUACCCGGUGCUGAUCAAUCACGUUCGCUAUCAGCGGAACGCGUUCUACUUCAAUCUGUGCUUCGUGUGCGACUCGGUGUCCCGCACCGUGCAGUACGAAGCGGUGGUCAAAAAGCUGUCCGAGUAUCUGCUGAUGAUGGAGGAAGAGUCAUCGUUCCUGUCGCGGCCGGACAAGCGCGAUAACAUCCACAACCUGUUGGAAUGCAUCCUGCGAGAUCUGAACGAGCGGCACGUGGCCACCAUCGUGGAGGGCAGCACGACGAUCUACCUGAAGAUCGGGCGCUUGAAGCCGGAUCCACCGCCCGUACAGGACCACCAGGUGCCGCUGCUCUGCCGUGGCUUCGAGGACACCGAUCUGGACGCGUGGGAUUUGACGACGCAGCAGGUGCUCCCGUUCAUCAACGGCAUGAACCACGUGGCACGCAUUGCGGCCGAAGCGGAUGUGGAGAACCAGCUGGUGAAGGCGUGCAUCCAGAACCUGGUGUACUACGGUGUGGUGCAGCUGUUGCCGCUGCUCAAGUAUAGCAACGUGUACAUGUGCACCCGGGCGCUGCAGAAGCUGACGCGCGAUCGCAACUUCGCCGAGGAGUGCCGGUGGUACGUGCAGCUGCAAACGGACAAGGAGCCCGCCCGGUUGCCAAGCCUUUUCAACAUACUGCAGCUGUACUCGCAGAUGACGCACGGCGUCACGCUCCGCUCGCUCUGCCAGCGGCUGUGCCCGCGCGACAACAACAUCGACGAACGGAAGCUGGUCUCGUUCGGGCUACAGCACAGCCUGAUCCGCUGCAUCAACAAGUACCCCAUCUUCACCGGGUCGCUGCCAACGCCGAAGCACAAGCUCUACACCGGGCUGAACAGCUUCGACGAGAUCUGCUGCAAAACGGGCCUCACGCCCAGCCGGAUCGAGCAGGAAAUUGAUAUGGAUUCGAACGUGACCGUUAUCUGGAAAUGAAUCCGGGGCGGCACAGUGGGCGGUCUACUGUUGUUAGUGUACAAAAUUAGUUACGUAAUUAUAUUCGUCCAUCCGGGCGCCGGGCUAGCUGCGUCGGCAACCGCGGCAAGCGACAAAGCGACAACGCGAAGCAAAGCAGCCACAGGGAAGGCCGCGUUACCGUUCCAGGAUAAUAUUAACCAUUCUUCAACAUAUGCACAUAUCAGACGUCGAUGGUUGCGGUUUUUUUUUUGUUGGGGAAAGCUCGCCUUCUACUAGUACUAGAGCUAUUUCAAAGCAAGUAGAUGGCGAGGUGGCAAAACCAGACAGAUCAAGCUAGUGUAAAGGGGGUAGGUAGGGGUAGGUAGGGUUAUUCAAAUCAAUCGCCGCUGUUGCCCACUGUCCCUCUAGCUGCUGCUGCUGCUGCUGCUGCUGCUGUGUACCGAGCGAAAAUGUGAUGGUUAAACUUGUGUGUAAUAAAUUGAAACAAUCAACUAUUGAA